CUACACACUCAGCAAAUUUUCAUUUAUGUUUCACAUCACUUACCGACAUUUCAACCACAAUAUUUUCCCCCCCUUCUUCUGUAUUACCAGCUACUUAUAUCCAUAUUGUUGUUUCAAUUAAAUUUAAUUUGUUUUCAAUUAUGACUCGUCAUGCUAGAUUUCUGCUUAGCACCACCAACUCAUCUUCAACUUCACCUUCACCGCCGUCACCCACGGCUGAGCCACCGUCAGCUAUAACAGUUGAAUCCGAUUUCGUCGUAAUAUUAGCAGCUCUUCUCUGUGCCCUAAUUUGCGUUGUCGGUCUAAUCGCCGUCGCUAGAUGCGCUUGGCUCCGCCGCGGAACCCCCGUAACCUCCGGCGCCGGUCAACUGUCAUCGGCGGCGAAUAAAGGAUUGAAGAAGAAAGUAUUACAGUCGUUGCCGAAAUUCACUUACGACCCUACAAGUACGACGGCUAAUGUUGCGCCGUCGUAUACGGCGGAGUGUGCGAUUUGUUUGGCGGAGUAUGUUGUUGGAGAUGAGAUCCGUGUGUUGCCACAGUGUGGACAUAGUUUUCAUGUUCAGUGUAUUGAUACUUGGCUUGGUUCACAUUCUUCGUGUCCUUCUUGUCGACAAAUACUCGUCGUUGCGAGAUGCCGGAAGUGCGGUGAGUUUCCGGCUGUUUCCGGUAAAUCUGACUGUUCUCCGGUGACAACUCCGGCAUGUGCUACAUCUACUAAUAGCUCAAGUAAUUUCUUGGUCUAGGAAAAAAAAAGAAAUUUGAUUUAAAUUACGUGCAGUUUUACCUGUAGUAACAAAUCAGUUACUGUGUUAUGCAAGUUAGGUUACUCAUGUAGGGGAAGUUAAAUGUAAUUAAUCUUUAUUACUACUACAUCUUUCAAGUGA